ACGCACAUUAUUGUUCUUUUUUUUUAACUUUAAUAUUCAAUUUAUUAAUAUAAAUUUAAAAAAUCAAAAAAUAAUUUCGACUAUGCGCGUGUAUAUAAGGAACGAAUUUAGAAAUUAAUUAGAAAAUGUAUAGAAACUAAACUAUUAUUAUUAGAGAAUAUGAUGAGUAAUCUUAGUUAAUUGUUAGAUAAUAGUAGCGAGUGUUUCGUACUCUUUUAUUAGAUAUUUUCAUUAAGCAAAUCGGAAGUACUCUUUACUUUAUUACCUCUAUUAAAAAAUCUUAUAAGGAAAUAUUUUCAAUUUAAAAAUCGAUGUUUGCUAAAGUAUCAAAUUACUGAGAUAAGCUUAUGAGAUUGCUUAGAGUGACAAAAUAUGGCCAAUAGGUGGAAAAAAUUAAAUAUAUGUGUCAUUCGAUAGUCUCUACAAAAUGGCAUGUACAAAAAAUAGUUUGGAAACAAAUUUUUUUCUUUUAGAAACCUGUUUUUGAUAAACUGAAAUGUCAGAGAUUCAUGGAUAGUUUCGAUAGUCGUAUUACGAAUGAGAUAUAUUAAUGCAGUUGUAUUAUUUCUAGAUAAAAAUCGACUUUUAAAUUGGGAAUGUUUUCUUUUUAGUAUUAUUAAAUUAAUGGACUGUUAUUUGAUUAAAAAUGUAUACAACUACGCCACGAUGCAAAAGACAUAUUGAAAAUAGAUGCUAUGAAGGUUUUCAAUCAAUCGUUCGAUAUAUCUCAAAUUAAUACAUGUUGCAUUUUUAUGUUAUUAUUUAUCUACUCUUUUACUGCAUAAAAAAAUAGAUGAAAUUUGUAGAGUACUAACAGUCAAGUUCUCAAAAAAUAGAUGAAAUUUUGUAGAUUUAUUAAAGAAAUAUUUAAGAGAAAAAGUUGACUAUUAAUUUUUAUUAUUAUUAAGUGGAAACAUGAUGUCUUAUCGUCAUCGUAUAGAUAAUGAUUAUUAACUUAUUUUUUAAUGCUCAUUCGACGUUUCAAUACAGUAUUUUCACGACGUUUUUAUUUAAUAUUAUUAUCGUUAUGCAGUUCAUUAUUUGUUAUUCUGACGUUUAUGAGAUAUUCUAGACAACAAACAGAAACACGUUCAAAAUUAUUCUUUGAUGGUUCAUAUCAUCUAGCAUCAGAAUCAAUAAAUGUUGAUAGAAUAAUAUUAAAAAAUGAUCAAGAUUCAAGGAAAACAUCGUAUAAGGAUGCACUCAAUGAUAGUAAUGGUAUCAUUCCUAAUUCAGUGAAACAAACUGCCCAUAUUGAAAAACUAAAUAUGAUAAAAAUAAAUAAAAUUGAAAAUCAACUUACUAGUAAUAGUACUGAUAAUAAAGAUAAAUAUUCUCAAUCAAAAAAUAUGAAAUUAUCAAAUAUAACAAUAGCCAAUAAAACUCUAGGAUUAUAUAUUCAUUUUGAUCUCAAAGGUGCAGCUCCAAAAAUCAUCUAUUUUCAAAAAUUAUUUCCAUUAUUAAAAAAAUGGGGAGCAAUUGGUAUUUGUAUAGAGUAUGAAGACGUUUUUCCAUUCGAUGGUAUAUUGAAAGAUAUUCGACAUAAACAAGCGUAUACAGUAAAUAAUAUAAAACAGAUUAAUAAAUGGGCAAGAGAAAAUGAUCUUGACGUAAUACCACUAAUACAAACAUAUGGACAUUUGGAAUUUUUACUUAAAAUUGAUAAAUUUUCUCAUUUACGUGAAAAUUUAAAAUAUCCUCAAGUUAUUACACCGUGCAUUAAUCAAACAUUUACUGUUUUGUAUACAAUGAUUGAUCAAUAUUUAAAUUUAUAUCCUAAUAUAACAUAUUUUCAUAUUGGUUGUGAUGAAGUCUAUUAUUUUCUUUCGAAUACGGCAUGUAUUGAGUUUCAAAAAGUAACGAAUAUUAGUACUCAAUAUGAAUUAUUUGCUUAUCAUGUAUCAAAUAUUGCAAAAUAUAUACAUUCUAAACGACCGACUCUACUCUUGCUUGUAUGGCAUGAUGUUUUACAAAACUUAGGACAACAUCUAUUAUCUAAAUAUAAUCUAUUAAAAUUAAUUAAUCCUGUAUUAUGGUCAUAUCGUGAAGAUGUGAAUGUUGAAGGAUUUCUUCAAGAACAACAGGCACAAAUAUUUGGACAGUUUCAAUCGAUAUGGGGUGCAAGUGCAUUCAAAGGUGCAACAAGUGAGAUUUCAACAAUAUCAGAUAUUAAACAUUAUUAUUUAAAUCAACAAUCAUGGAUUGCUCAAUUGAAUUUAUUGAUACCAAAAAUGUGGCAAAAUUUUGAUGGAAUGAUUGUGACCGGUUGGUCAAGAUAUGACCAUUUUUUAUCACUAUGUGAGUUAUUACCCUAUUCUAUACCAUCAUUAGCAUACUCUAUAACGGCAUGGAUCGAUCCGUUUAAAAAUGCAAGCUAUGAUAUUCAAUCAAAUCAAGAACUACAACAGUAUGUUGAUAAGUCACUCGGAUGUAAUACUCAUGUACACACACAAAUACAAGAAUAUUCAGAUCAACGGAGUCCACAGUGUACAUUUCCUGGAGCUGAUAUUUAUGAAGCCAUAAUUUCCUUACAAAAUAUUUGGAAACAAGUGGAACAAUCUGAACAAUUUGCUGAUAAAUUUGUUACUGAUCUCCAUUUAAAAUUUAAAUUUAUUCAUGUAAAACGAAGUGAAGAAUCGCUAGAACAAUUGAAACCUUGUUUACAAAUAUUAGAUGCAUUUCUACAAAGAUUUCAGACAGCGAUGGACAAAAUAUUUCCACCACAAGUGGCUAUCGAAUGGCUAGAAACAUAUUUUAUGCAACGUUAUAAAAAAAUAAAAAAUCGUGUCGAAUUUAUAGAAAAAGCGAUUGAAGAACAAAAAACAUGGAAACCACGACCAAUACCAGACUUAGAUAAACUAGAUAAUAAAAGACAAUAA